UCGCGCAUGCGCAGCCACUCCGCCGAUGCCUCGCUCACACACCGGAGUCACAACAACCGACAACCGUGAAGCCGCGAGCGGGAGGGCGGGCGAGCCAGAAAGGAAGCAAGCAGGACGUCCGUCGUCGGCUGCUGUCACCGAGCGUCCCGGGAGACAGAACCGCAGGAGCCGGACACUCCCACGCCAGGUAGCGGGGCUCCAGGUGUUGGCCGAGUCACGUCACCGAUGGAGCGGCCGCCGACACCACCCUGAGAGGCUAACAGGUUAGCAUGGAGCUAACACCACCCUGAGAGGCUAACAGGUUAGCACGGAGCUAACACCACCCUGAGAGGCUAACAGGUUAGCACGGAGCUAACACCACCCUGACCGGCUAACAGGUUAGCACGGAGCUAACACCACCCUGAGGGGCUAACAGCGAGCUAACACAUCUGGCGCGGAGGAUGCUGGCGCGGACGGCGGCUGAGCCCGAGGCCGGACCCUCUCCGCCGCCGCCGCCGCCGUGAAAGCCGCGCGGCCGGCCGGCAGCAGCCAUGCAGGCGGCCCCGCUGCAGUACGACUUCUUCAGCGAGGACAACGCGCCCAAGUGGCGAGGCCUGCUCGUACCCUCCCUGGACAAGGUACUGAAGCAGGUGCAUCCCAACCUGGUGUCCCAGCAGGAGGCGCUGCAGUACAUCGAGCAGCUCAUCCUGCUGCUGCUCAGCAUGUUGUGUCAGGCGCAACCUCGCAGCGUGCAGGACGUGGAGGAGCGGGUCCAGAAAAGCUUCCCUCACCCCAUCGACAAGUGGGCCAUCGCUGACGCUCAGGCCGCCAUCGAGAAGAGGAAGAGGAGGAACCCGCUGGCUCUGCCCGUGGACAAAAUCCACCCGCUGCUCAAGGAAGUGCUGGGCUACAAGAUCGACCACCAGGUGUCGGUCUACAUGGUGGCCGUGCUGGAGUACAUCUCCGCCGACAUCCUCAAGCUGGCGGGGAACUACGUGAGAAACAUCCGACACUAUGAGAUCUCCCAGCAGGACAUCACCGUGGCCAUGUGCGCCGACAAGGUGCUGAUGGACAUGUUCCACCAGGACGAGGAGGACAUCAGUGGCUUCCCGCUGACCGACGAGGAGCCGUCGGCCGUGGAGGAGCAGAGUUACUACGAGCUGGUGCGGAGCUUCAUGGCCGACGGGCGCCACUUCCUGAGGCAGCUGGACCUUCUCAUCAAGGUCUUCAGGGAGCGCUUCCACGCCAACGCCAUGCUCUUCUCGCAGCACGACGUGGACAGCAUCUUCAGCCGCGUGCUGGACGUGCAGGAGGUGACGGUAAAGAUGCUGGGCCUCCUGGAGGACACGGUGGAGAUGACGGACGAUGGAAGUCCUCACCCGCUGGUGGGCAGCUGUUUUGAAGACCUGGCUGAGGAGUUGGCCUUUGACCCCUACGAGACGUACGCUCAGGACAUCCUGCGCUCCGGCUUCCACCAACACUUCCUGAGUCAGGUCACCAAGCCGGGGGCCGCCUUCCACCUGCAGUCCAUCUGUCAAGGCUUCAAAGAGGCCGUCCAAUACGUCCUACCUCGACUGCUGCUCACACCCGUCUACUACUGUCUGCACCUCUUUGACAUCAUCAAGCAACUGGAGGAGAAGAGCGAGGACGAGGAGGACAAGGAUUGUCUGAAGCAGGCCAUCACUGCUCUACUCAACCUGCAGAGCAGCAUGGAGAGGAUCUGCUCCCGCAGCCUGGCCAAGAGGAGGCUCAGCGAGUCGGCGUGCCGCUUCUACAGCCACCAGAUGAAGGGCAAACACCUGGCCAUCAAGAAGAUGAACGAGAUCCAGAAGAACAUCGACGGUUGGGAGGGCAAGGACAUCGGCCAGUGCUGCAACGAGUUCAUCAUGGAGGGCACGCUGACCCGCGUGGGCGCCAAACACGAGCGCCACAUCUUCCUGUUUGACGGCCUGAUGGUCUGCUGCAAGACCAACCACGGGCCGCCACGUCUGCCCGGGGCCGGGUCCGCCGCCGAGUACCGCCUGAAGGAGAAGUUCUUCAUGCGCAAAGUCCAGAUCAACGACAAGGACGACAAGGAGGGCGAGUACCGCCACGCCUUCGAGAUCAUCCUCAAGGACGGCAACAGCGUGGUUUUCGCCGCCAAGUCGGCGGAGGAGAAGAACGGCUGGAUGGCGGCGCUCAUCUCCCUCCAGUACCGCAGCACGCUGGAGCGCAUGCUGGACACGGCGGCGCUGCAGGAGGACAAGGAGCAGCACGUCAAGCUGCCCGGGCCCGACGUCUACCGCUUUGCUCAGCCCGACUCCGAGGAGAAUGUGGUCUUCGAGGACAGCGUCCAGUCCAAGUCCGGGAUCCCCGUGGUCAAGGCCGGCACUGUCCUGAAACUCAUCGAGAGGCUCACAUUCCACAUGUACGCGGAUCCCAACUUUGUCCGAACUUUUCUGACCACCUACAGAUCUUUCUGUAAACCUCAGGAGCUGCUGGACCUGCUCAUCGAGAGGUUUGAGAUCCCUGAGCCCAGACCCAGUGAGGUGGAUCACUUGGAGGGAGGAGAGCAGCCGCUCAGCGCAGAACUCAAACGCUUCCGCAAAGAAUUUGUACAGCCGGUCCAGCUCAGAGUUCUCAACGUGUGUCGUCACUGGGUGGAACAUCACUUCUAUGACUUUGAGAGAGAUGCUCACCUGCUUCGACGACUGGAAGACUUUAUUGCUUCUGUUCGAGGCAAGGCGAUGAGGAAGUGGGUGGAGUCCAUCACCAAGAUCAUCCAGAGGAAGAAGCAGGUGCAGGUGAGCGGUCCAAGUCACAGCAUCACCUUCCAGAACUCUCCUCCACCCAUCGAGUGGCACAUCUGCAAGCCAGGAAACGUGGACCUGUUCGACCUCAUGACCCUUCACCCCAUCGAGAUCGCCCGGCAGCUCACCCUGCUGGAGUCUGAUUUCUACAGGUCGGUGCAGCCGUCGGAGCUGGUGGGCAGCGUGUGGACCAAAGAGGACAAGGAGAUCCACUCUCCCAACCUGCUGAGGAUGAUCCGACACACCACCAACCUCACCUUGUGGUUUGAAAAGUGCAUCGUGGAGACGGAGAACCUGGAGGAGCGUGUGGCGGUCGUGUCUCGCAUCAUCGAGAUCCUUCAGGUCUUCCAGGAACUCAACAACUUCAACGGCGUUCUGGAGGUGGUCAGCGCCAUGAACUCCUCCCCCGUCUACCGGCUAGACCACACUUUCGAGCAAAUUCCGAGUCGGCAGAGGAAAAUUCUGGAGGAGGCUCACGAGCUGAGUGAAGACCACUACAAGAAGUACUUGGCCAAACUGCGCUCCAUCAACCCUCCAUGUGUGCCCUUCUUUGGCAUCUACCUGACCAACAUCCUGAAGACGGAGGAAGGAAACCCCGACUUCCUGCACAGACACGGCAAGGAGCUGAUCAACUUCAGCAAGAGAAGGAAAGUGGCGGAGAUCACAGGAGAGAUCCAGCAGUACCAGAACCAGCCCUACUGCCUCCGAGUGGAGAGCGACGUCAGGAAGUUCUUCGAGAACCUCAACCCCAUGGAGGACAUGUGCGAGAAGGACUUUGCCGACCGGCUCUUCAACAACUCCUUGCUCAUCGAGCCUCGCAACGCCCGCUCCCUGCCGCGCUUUGCCAAGAGGUACACGUGCCCUCUCAAGUCGCCGGGCAUCCGGCCCACCUCGGCGAGGCCCGGCACCAUGCGCCACCCGACACCGCUGCAGAACGAACCCAGGAAGAUCAGCUACAGCCGCAUCCCCGACAGCGAGGUGGACGGCGGUGCUGUCUCCGCCCCCAACUCCCCCUGCACGCCACUGACUCCGCCCCCUGCCUCAGCAGCCUCCAGCUCCACCGAUGUGGGCAGCGUGUUCGACUCGCCGCAGGGGCCCAGCAGCCCCUUCCACUCCACUUGCGACGCCAUCUUUGGCCCGGUCUCACUGCCUCACGGCCCACGGUCGUCCUCGGUCUCGUCCAUGGUGAGUUUCAGCCGCAUUCCCGAAGACGUCCCCGUCCCUCCUCCGGUUCCCCCGCGAAGACGACCAGAGUCUGCUCCGGCCGAGUCGUCGCCGUCCAAGAUCAUGUCGCAGUUGGACAGCCCCCCCGCCGUUCCGCCUCGUCAGCCCACCUGUAAGCUCCUCCCCCCUCGGUACUCGUCCGUGUCGUCCUCGUCUCCGCCCGACAGCCCCCCCUUGCUGCCUCCCCGGGAACCCCUCAACUCGCCACUGCACCUCCUCCCUCCCCCACAGGGCCGCCCCCGCGGCGAGCUGCCGCCUCAGGCCUUCUUCCCUUCCGCCUCCGCGGCGUGCUCUUCACCGCCGCCUUCCGUCAGCCCCUCCCCAGCCUCCACGAAGAUGCCCCUCCCAUCUCCGCCCCUCCCUCUGGAUGGGCCCCCCGUGCCCCCUCGCCACGGCGUCCCCAAGCUGCCCCCCAAGACCUACAAGAGGGAGUCUCUGAGCCACGCCCCCCUGCUGGACAGCCCCCCUGCGUUGUGAGGGGGCGGGGCUUGACAAGCUAACACUACAGCCGCUCGGGUCGGGCCUUCCGAUGCGGACUACGUGCUCUUACUUUGAAGGCUGGAGGUACAGGAAGCAGCAGAAGCCAAGAGGUUGACACAAGGGAAUAAAGGUGCCUUGAACCAAGCCACCCUCUGAUUGGUCGCUUCAAGCAGGACUAUUUCACUACAGACUUUCACAAUUAAAGCUUGUGUUGCCAUUGAAA